CUCAUCUACACCACCACCACCUACCUACCUCCCAACCAACCUACUACACCACACCACACCUCCACCCCAUCGAAUCCAAAACAAAGCAAGACAUCAUGGCCGACAAACUCCGCACGCUCCAAAACCUCGAAGCCAUGCAAGCGCGCUACAUCGGGACGGGCCACGCCGACACGACCAAAUACGAAUGGGUGUCGAAUAUCGUGCGCGACAGCUACGCCUCAUACAUUGGACAUCCGCCCAUGUUGUCGUAUAUGGCGAUGGGAAUGGGCGAGAGUAAAGAGAAGGUGCGCGCGCAGAUGAUUGAAAAGAUGGUGAGGGGGGCGGGGAAUCCGCCGGAGACGCAGGAAUAAUUCGAUUUCGAGUGAGGUUGAGAUGGGAGAGAUAGAGAUUGGGCUGGGGGAUGGGGUAAUGCGAUGCUGUGGACAAUACGAGGAAUUUCUUUAUGAAGUGAGUUGGCGAGACUGGUAUGGUCUGCAGCUGCACUCUACGGCAGGCAGGAGUCAGGCGUUAGGUUUUGUACAAUACCUAUGGUCAAUUGAAGCUAUGAACAAUGCUAGGUCUAUGCCUUUUCCGCCGCCAACCGUGUAUUCUCACUUUGCAACGACCCGAUCAAAUCCAGCCACUGCUUCCGCUCCGCGCGCAAU